AGGAAGUACAGCUCAACAACAAUUAUUUCUUUGGAAACUUUCGCCCACAACCGGCUGUAGAGACACUUAUGUUUAUAUUUAUGUAGCCAUUCGAUCUACGUAUGUGUGUUAAUUUUAUUUAACUGUUACCCAGCGACUUUCGACGACUCAGGCAGCAUGGACAACCAGCACCGUUUGUUUACAUGGUGAAUCAGCUGACGAGCUAACGCUAGCAAUCUGCUUUUUUACAACCGAGUCAUAUAAGCUGUUAAUUAUCCACCGGCCGUUAUCAAAUGAAUGAAACUUAACAUUAGCGAAGCAGUUAGCCUACAUAUACACCAGGCAGGAGUUGUUUCAGGUCGCAGAGAGCCGUUUAUAGUGCAAAAAUGCGAAACUAACGUUGGAUACCUGAAGCCUUAGCAGCGUUGCUCAGACGAGUUAAAGUGUUUUGUCACCGGAUCAGCGGCCGGUGUUAAAGGCCCUGCAGCGUCUUCAUGACAAGAUGCCUUGUUCCUGUGGGAACUGGAGAAGAUGGAUUCGGCCGCUGGUCGUGGUGCUGUAUAUCUUGUUGCUAUUAGUCGUCCUGCCGUUGUGUAUCUGGGAGCUGCAGAAGUCAGAGGUCGGCACUCAUAACAAAGCAUGGUUCAUUGCUGGGAUAUUUGUCUUCAUGACCAUCCCCAUAUCAUUAUGGGGCAUCCUCCAGCAUCUGGUUCACUACACUCAGCCGGAGCUUCAGAAACCUAUCAUCAGGAUAUUAUGGAUGGUCCCAAUCUACAGCUUGGACAGUUGGAUUGCACUGAAAUACCCCGGUAUAGCAAUUUACGUGGACACAUGCAGAGAGUGCUACGAGGCGUAUGUCAUCUACAACUUCAUGACCUUCUUGCUUAACUACCUGGAAAAUCAGUACCCGAGCCUGGUGAUGAUGCUGGAGGUCCAGGAGCAGCAGAAACACCUGCCUCCUCUCUGCUGCUGCCCUCCAUGGCCAAUGGGAGAGGUUUUACUGCUGAGAUGCAAACUUGGAGUUUUGCAGUACACGGUGGUAAGACCGGUCACAACAGUUAUUGCUUUAAUCUGUCAGCUGUGUGGAGUGUAUGAUGAAGGCAAUUUUAGCUCAAAAAAUGCCUGGACGUACCUGGUCAUCUUCAACAAUAUGUCACAGCUGUUUGCGAUGUACUGCCUGGUGCUGUUCUACAGAGCUCUGAGAGAGGAACUGAGUCCAAUCAAACCCGUGGGCAAAUUCCUGUGUGUCAAAAUGGUGGUGUUCGUCUCUUUCUGGCAAGCUGUGCUCAUUGCUUUGCUGGUAAAAGUGGGCAUUAUCUCAGAGAAACGCACUUGGGACUGGCAAAGUGUGGAAGCUGUAGCAACUGGCUUACAGGAUUUCAUCAUCUGCGUAGAGAUGUUUCUCGCUGCCAUCGCCCAUCACUUCAGCUUCACCUACAAACCCUACAUCCAGGAGGCUGAGGAAGGCUCUUGCUUCGACUCUUUCAUGGCAAUGUGGGACAUCUCUGAUGUCAGAGCAGACAUUUCUGAACAAGUCCGCAAUGUUGGGAGAACAGUCAUGGGCCGUCCCAGGAAGUCCUACUUUGGUGAGGCACAAAAUGAUGGCGAGCGUUCCGGCCUGCUGUCUUCAGGGUCCCAAGACGCCAUCACUGAAGCAGCAUCCAACCCAGUGUCUCCUAAAGGUCAGUAUCAGGGCCUUGGCAAAACCCUCACACCGCACUCCUUGUCGGCGCCCGCUGGGCUCGGCUCAGCCCUGUGGGAUGAAGGGUAUGAGGCCAGACCUGAAGAAGCCCAGGACGAAGAAAGGACCGACCAAACCAAAGAGCCGGCAGAGGCAGAUCUCAUCGUGAUCACCUAGUUCAUGCUGGUGUCACAGACUCUACCAGAUACGGUUGGGCAGGACCCAGAUACAGCCUGGCCAUGUUCCUUUAGACAUUACUGACACAAGCAGAACAACAAACUCGUUUAAAAGGGCACAUCAACCAAGUAAUAGCAGAAGUUCGCCAACAAAUGCAAAACCAAAUGGACCUCUCUGCCAGUGACAGCUCCAAGAAUGUUCGGUGAAGACAUGGCACUAAGAGACGUGUAGAUGACAUGCAUUUUACGUUGUUUCAUGUUGAACUAGAGAAUUGUUUGGCUCAGCAGGCUUUUAGAAUCCGUUUUAAUUGGGAAAGACAUACAGUCAGUUUUAACAUGCAUCCCCAAAAGUAUUCUUUUCCUCAAAGAACCCGGUCUGUGUACUGAUGUGUGUGAAACACUGACUGUGUUUCCUGAUAUGAGAGAGUACAUGACUUCUGCAGAAGUCUGAGUGAAAAUCAGAGAUGUUUUCCAUGUAGGAAAUUAUUACAUAAUUUUAUGUGUUGGGUCAUGUCAUGAUCUCAGAUGUGAUAGAUGAGAGAGAGAGAGAGGGAGAGAGAAAUAUGCAAUUUUUAAAAUACAAGCAUUUUCUUCACAUUGUGUUUUGGUUUGUAGAGGCUAUCAAUUGAAAUAAGUUGUCAUAAAUGCAAUUCUAUAACACUAAAAGCACAUUAGAUAUUCAAAAUAUUUUUGUCCUAGCUAGUAAAUGUGUAUUCUUUAUUGCAGGGGGGGAAAAAGCAGAGGCAACACAUUUUUUGGGAUGCAAACUGUUAGAGUGGAAAAAUGAAACGGUGUAGGUUUGAGUAGGUUUGAGCUGUGCCUGCUGAGAGAUGUGUCCUAGUUGACAGCGUACUAUCAAUACAGUAUCGAUACAAAUACAGUGUAUUUCACAAGGGUUUGAUUACAUACUAUAAGUGCAGUCCAAGUAUGAAGAAGUGUACACAAUUCAGUCUGAAACAAUACAAUCAGCACACUGAAGUAGAUUCCUAUCAGUGCUCUACUGCAUAUAGCUUACUCUAUAGUGUUUCAAUUCAUUCACUAGUCUUCUCAGAUGCCUUGUUAUAUGUGCCGUGGAACUAGUCUGUCCACUAUAUCAGUUCAGCAUUUAUAUUUCAGGAUCAGUUUUAUUUGAUGAGAUGUUUUCCAUCCUUUUUAGCCUUGAAGCUGGAAUAACUUUGCAGCUGUUGCACCUAAGCCAUUUUUUCCCCUAUAGAUUUUACAAGCUCUUGUUUUUGUUUGACUUACAUGGAUUUGUGCAGGGAUAUUGACAUGAUUAAUGUAAAGUUUAGGAUGUCGGUGUGUGUCGGAAAGUACAUCAAUGAAUCAGAUCUGCAUCAUGUCCAGCUCGAGCAUGUUGCAUUGCCUUACAUGAUCUUUCUUUUCUUUUUAAAAAAAAAAAUAAAACGGACAGGAUGACAUCACAUCUGAUGUAAAUGUUUCACAUUUUGAUUUAACUCCAUCUCUGACGGCCUUGUCAAUAAACCGGAUUAACUUUCA